GUGGAUCGACAUCCGCAGGUACAAUCCUUGUGCAUCAUACAAUGGCUGCGCCCGACUACGUCUUCACUCGCGACUUCCUCGAUAACAACCGCAUCAAUCUUCAGCACUAUCUCUGGAUCGAGCUAUUUGGCUAUCACAUCCACCCUACUAUACCCACGAACCACCGGAACCUCAGGAUUGCCGAUAUCGGUACCGGUACAGGAAUAUGGUUGACGGACCUGGCCCGUCGACUUCCUAGCACGGUGUCUCUAGAUGGUCUUGAUAUCUCGUUUGGCGCCACUCCGCCGCCGAAAACCUUGCCGUCGAACGUGACCCUACAAUUGUACGAUGUGUUUUCUGAAACCCCAGAUCACCUGCGAGGAGUUUACGAUAUUGUUCACAUCCGGAACUUCUCCUUUGUCUUGAAGGACAAUGAAGCCGAACGAGUUACCCGCAACAUUCUAGAACUGCUAAAACCCGGCGGCUAUAUCCAAUGGGCAGAGCCUGAUGUGUCUUCCUUUCGGAUCGAGAAAACCCACCCGGAGUGUAAGGUCACAGCCCUCACGGAACUCAUCAAGGUGAGCCAGGGACAGGAUGCUCGGUUCCAUUCCACCUGGGUCCCCAGGCUUCCAAUGAUCUUCGAACAACUCGGGCUGGAGGAGGUGCAGUCGGACGUUAAAGAGGCCCCACCGUAUAUGGGCGUCGCAAAGCACGAGUGUAAUCUACUGAUCCAUGAACUGGUCGCCCGCAAAAGCCACAACGCGGUGGUGGCUCAGGAGUUGAAACGGAUUAUGCCAGAGGUGACUGAGGAAACUCAGCAAGGGGCAUAUUGGGCAUUCACACGGUGGACGAUAGUUGGCAGGAAAGCUGGAAUUGCCUAG